AUGUCCGAUCUCCAGCCUAGCCAUUUUCUCCCUCUCACCGACAACAUCUCACGCGGACAGGCCACGCAAUGGGAUUCCGACGCGCAUAUUGACGUCGAUGAGAGCAGUGGCGCCUAUGAACUGAACGUCAACUUGGAGGUGUCGAGUGCCGACGAAUCCAGUGCCGAAGGGACGAGUGCCUGUGGACAGACUGUUGGUGAACACAGCGGCGAGGAAUUCAGCUUUUACCCUCGUUGGACCGAUGAGCGGUACAGGGCUACAGACAUCUGGAUAAAUUGGCUGAAAGCCCGUCUACAAGGGACUCUGCCGCUGGCGCUCUCCGCUCGCAUCCCGCCCGAGGUCUUUGAGUUCGUCAUCGACAAGAUGGAUCCUCCCACAUUGAUCACCGCGGCGCAGGUCUGCGCAGCAUGGUAUCCCCGAGCUAUGCACAACAUCUACUACACCGUCAAGAUCUGCAGUCGCACCAGCUUCAACGUGCUAUUCAAGCAGUGCCAGACCUAUCCCACCGUCAAGCAGUGGCUCGCGAGUACAUGCAAACUGGUGGUAGGCGGGGAUCACGAACACUCACCUUUCCCCGAAAGCGCCUUUGAAGACACACCGCUUGAAAACAAGAUCAAUGGUAAUGAUCUUUUCCUUCAAGCACUACCGGUCGCGCUCGCUGGUCUGAUGCCUCGUGUACGCAUCAUGUUCAUCAAGAAUGCAAGACUUCAUUUCAUCCACACGGACUUUCCCUUCUCCAUAUCGAGGUUCCAGUCUAUCAAGUCGUUGACGCUUCGAGAGUGCCGGCCGAAAAACCUGACGCAGCUGUGGCGGAUCGUGUCUGCCUUCCCCCAACUUACAGACCUCACGAUGCAGGACAUUACGUUCACUCAGCAAAGUGCUCAGAGCGACACGGGAGCCUCGCUAUCUCGGCCACCAUCUCACAUGCGUCUUCGAUCUCUUGAUGUCUACGUGGUCGACGAAUACAUGCCGAUGUUCGUUGACUGGAUGACGACGCGCUCAGACCUCUGCGCCUCACUUGCGGAUCUGACUUAUCGGUCAGAACGUAUGGCAUGGACGUCCAUUCAGAAACUCCUCGAAACGGCAGGGGCUUCGUUGACUCGUUACCGCGAGGGUGCUUAUGACCAUGAUGGCUGUUGGAUUCACGGACAUCUGUCGCAGAACACCGCCUUGCGAUCCUUCGAUUUCUGCCUGGAUGUCAUCUGUCACGAGGCCAAAUACCAGUGGCAGGUGCCUCGCGCAGCAUGGACGAAAGCAACGGACGAGUUACACAGUAUUCUCUCCACCAUUCAAAGCCGUCAGCUCGAGCACAUCAAACUCGUCAUCACUAUUUGCUCCCACUGCACCAAGCUUGAGUCUGAGCACCCUGACCGCGUCCUCGAGAUGCUCGACCUGCAGGACCUAUACGAGGUCAUGAGCCGGCCAUACUUCAACACAUUGCAAGUUGUCGAGGUGACGACAGAGGAAAGCAUCACGGGUCUGACCUGGCAAUCGAAUAAUAGCAUGCGCCUUCAGAAGAUCAAGGCUAUGUUCCAUGGCAUCUUACAGCCAUGGUCUGCCCGUGGCAUAGUCACCGUAUAUUUCUAA